AUGCUCAUGUUAGAGGUCAGUGGGCAGCGUUCCAAGGUUCUCCUUGGUGGUUUGUACCGUCCUCCAGGCACUCCUGUGCAAUUCUGGCAAGAUUUGACGAAUGCACUAGACACUGUCAUCUCUACACUUCCCACGUCACCUCUGGUCCUUGUUGGAGACUUCAAUGUCGAUGUAAGCUCCCGCGACAGCCCCCAGCUAAACAGCAGCUUGCUGCACCUGUGUAACUCUUUCGACAUCAAGAACCAAGUGGACAGUCCUACCAGAAUUGGACCCCAAGGCAGCCAAACAACCCUGGAUCUCGCUCUGGUCGGAGACGAUCAUGUGAACUCUUGUGUCGUAGUACCUUGUACAAUCAGUGACCACUUCGCUCUGGCACUUGAUUUGCGAAUCACAACGUCCUGCACACCGACCGUGCGACGUGGCCGUAACAUUGCAAGAAUUGAUAUGGGUCAAUUUGCACACCACCUUCUAAAUAGCGAUCUAGAGAACUUCUGCUUUGCGCGGACAGAAGAUGAAAUGUGGGAUAUGUGGCUGGAGAAACUUGUCGCUGCCUUGAACACUCAUGCUCCUAUCCGUCUACACCUCCCAAGAGCUCCUACCCGGAAAUCCUUCCCCUGGAAGACGCCAGCUCUACAUGACCUAGUCCAGCGACGUGACGCGGCCCAUCGACGGUGGAAAGCAUCACCUGCAGACCCGGCACUACGCAAUGUCUUCACUUCUACCCGAGACGAAGCCAAGCGUAUGUCACGACAUCUCCGAGCCACCUACUUUAGGGACCUUCUUGCUGCUAGUCAGGCCAACGCACGAAAAACCUGGCAGACCAUCAACUACCUCAGCGGUCGUAACAAGUCCUCAGUUCCACCAGCCGUCAGUGUCUCACAGCUCAGUGACCAAUUCAGCGGUGUUGUGUCAGACCCAACUAGACCACUACGUCUCUCAGCCCCAUUGGGUCCCACGAAGAAGGAAUGCCUCGAAGAAUUUGCUCCAGCAAGUGUGCAAGAGAUCGCUAAGCUGCUCUCCAACAUCGACGUGCGCGAAGCUGCAGGCAGCGACCAGGUUCCAGCUGCAAUCCUCAAACACUGUUCUCCUGUCCUUGCACCGUCCCUCACCAUACUAAUGAAUGCAUCUCUGGCUUCUGGUGUUGUUCCUGCAUCUCUGAAGAUUGCGUAUGUUCGUCCCCUCUUCAAGUCAGGCGACAAAGCUGUCGCUAAGAACUAUAGACCAAUAUCGUUAUUACCAACAGUUUCCGAAGUCCUAGAGCGGGUAGUCCACACGAGACUCUCUGACAAGAGCCACCUCAGCUCCUCUGAGUCUGAAGAGCCGCCUUUUCCUGCUGAUACUGAAUCAUUGGUCGACAAUGAAAGCUUAUCCAAGCCAGAGAACCAGCAGCCGUCUAACUUGUCCUGCGACUCCAACAGAGAGGCCAAGAAGGCAGACAGCGAUGCAUGUACAGCCCUAGGCCCACAGCUGGGAGGCCACAGCGACGAUGAUCCUGAUUCUGGCGGGUGGGAAGUCAACCGAUCCAAGCGCUCACACUAUAGCGUCACACCUGACCGGGACCCGAGUGCCACCACCACUGGAUCCAAGCAACGGAAAAAACGGAAAAGAAAAUCUCCUGAGAGUGGCCAACAAGUCCUCGAGUAA